GGAAAAUGGGGACACGUGGCAAAUCUUGAAUUCGUCUCUCUGAGUAUGUAUUAGGUGGUUCAUUUUGACCGCAGAAAAGCCAAGGAAUGUAGUUUGUUGCACACUCUGUUCAUGAGUGUUUCCGUCAAUGCCGACCUGGAAAUUGUUUCUCUUUCAUUAGAGAAUAAAGAAACGUGUUAAACUCAUAAUCAACGUAUGCGUAUGAGUCGAAGGAAGAAGGAAAUCGGGAGAAGCAAGAAGACUGGUUACCUGGGUUGACAUAACACAAUCUCUCCCCCCCCCCCCCCCUCUCUCUUUCUCUCUCUCUCCUUCUUCCUCAUUUUUUGAGUCAUUCUGUCUGUUGAAAUGGCUGUCGGAGGAGAAAAAAUGGAUCUCCCUACGCACAAAGUUCAAAAUGGUAGCGUUUUGGUUGAUUCAGGCCAGGCCAGGCUCAAGGAGCUUGGUUACAAACAAGAGCUCAAGCGUGAUUUAUCGAUGUUUUCCAAUUUUGCCUUUUCGUUUUCGAUCAUAUCGGUGCUUACUGGAAUCACUACGCUUUACAAUACCGGUCUGAACUUUGGCGGGCCGGUGACUUUGGUCUAUGGAUGGUUCAUUGCCGGUGGGUUCACCAUGUUUGUUGGGUUGUCUAUGGCGGAGAUUUGUUCAUCUUACCCUACUUCCGGUGGUCUAUACUACUGGAGUGCAAAGCUUGCUGGUCCACAAUGGGCACCUUUUGCCUCUUGGAUGACUGGCUGGUUUAAUAUUGUAGGUCAGUGGGCUGUUACAACCAGUGUAGAUUUCUCUCUUGCACAGCUGAUCCAGGUGAUUAUUCUCCUUAGCACAGGAGGAAAAAAUGGUGGCGGAUAUGAGGCAUCUAAAUAUGUCGUUAUUGGUUUCCAUGGAGGAAUUCUAUUUCUACAUGCUGCAAUUAACAGCCUGCCCAUAUCUGUGUUAUCUUUCUUUGGACAACUGGCUGCUGCAUGGAAUCUUGUUGGAGUUAUGGUUUUGAUGAUACUCAUUCCUUCUGUUGCUACGGAGAGGGCAAGUGCCAAGUUUGUGUUCACACACUUCAAUACUGAUAAUGGUGAUGGAAUUAGCAGUAAAGCUUAUAUAUUUGUUUUGGGACUUCUAAUGAGUCAGUAUACCCUUACCGGGUAUGAUGCAUCUGCCCAUAUGACAGAGGAAACCAAAAGUGCUGAUAAGAAUGGACCAAAAGGAAUAAUUAGUUCUAUUGGAAUAUCCAUAAUUUUUGGAUGGGGUUACCUACUUGGUAUCACAUUCGCAGUUACCAACAUCCCGUUCCUUUUGAGUGAAGAUAACGAUGCUGGUGGUUAUGCAAUUGCUGAAAUUUUUUUCCUAGCAUUCAAGAAUAGAUUUGGCAGUGGAGUUGGGGGAGUUAUCUGCUUAGGUGUGGUUGCUGUUGCUAUAUUUUUCUGUGGAAUGAGUUCAGUUACUAGUAACUCCAGGAUGGCUUACGCAUUUUCAAGAGAUGGAGCCAUGCCAUUCUCAUCCUUCUGGCAUAAAGUCAACAACCAGGAGGUCCCUAUAAAUGCAGUUUGGCUCUCUGCAUUUAUAUCAUUCUGCAUGGCACUAACUUCUCUUGGAAGCAUAGUGGCAUUUCAGGCUAUGGUAUCUAUAGCAACUAUUGGACUGUACAUUGCUUAUGCCCUUCCAAUCUUCUUCAGAGUGACUUUGGCACGGAAAUCCUUUGUCCCUGGGCCAUUCAACUUGGGACGCUACGGGAUUCUAGUUGGUUGGGUGGCUGUUCUAUGGGUAGUGACCAUCUCAGUCCUCUUCUCGCUGCCUGUAGCCUACCCCAUUACCGCUCAGACACUCAACUACACUCCUGUUGCAGUUGGUGGCUUGCUUACUCUUACCGUCUUCUCCUGGAUCUUUAGUGCUCGGAAUUGGUUUAGAGGUCCUAUAACCAACAUAAAUACCUGAAUUGCAUAUGUAUAUGUAGCUUAUAUUGAUUUAUGGCAGUGAUAAUGUACAAUGAUUCUUUCAACCAUUUAAUUUUGAUUCUGUACACUUCCACUAUGUUGGAGUUCUUAGUUUAAAGAAAACUCCAAAACUUAAAAUGAUGUUGCAUGGGUAGAGAUAUAAGUCUCCGAAGUGUGUAACAGUCUCCAGUUAGGAGAAGAAUCUUUUUCUAGAUUCCAGAAUUUGGAGAUCAUGAUUAGAUUAAAUUUCAAAUCAUAUUCAUGUAA